AUGUCUCAGAGAAAUAUAAUUUUUACCUGCCACUUUAAUGGUGUUGUUUUGACAAAUAGUCCCGUUGGAUUCUCAUUCAGCAACACAGAUACUUACACAUUCAAAAUUCAUGUCAAUUCUGAUUUUUUCCAUUUCAAAGAUAGAAUAGGAAAAAAAUUAGAACGAUGCGUUGAGGAGAUUAUUUAUCGUCGUCCAUUACAUAAUGGAGACGACUGUACAAUUUUUUACGUAAUGACGCCGAUCAGGAACGACGAAGACGUGGAGAAAAUGUUUCAGUGCCACAUGAUGUUUGGUCAGUUACCCACAAUUGAGUUGUAUAUCCGACUACUAGACAACACCGAAACAUUUCCGACGCAAGAGACACAAUCACACCGAUAUAGAAUGAGUCAAACAUCCGACGACGAACCAACACAAAACAACCAACCUUUCAUACCAAAUGAAGAGCUUGGGGAAGCAAGUGAUGACGAUCUUCAAGAGGUCAGGAUGCAAGAUAUUUUUGGUAACAGCGAUGACAAAGACGAUGAAGAUAUAAUUGUCACGUCUAUGCAGCUGAUUCUCGCACAACCAAUAAGCUUGUACAACCUACAGCAUAUAUGA